AUGAACGGCCUAGCCAUCAGUCCCUUCAUAGCGGCGCUACCUAAGGUAGAACUCCACCUCCACAUCGAAGGAACACUCACACCAUCUCUCCGCUGGGAGCUAGCGCACCGCAACAAAAUCACUCUACCAUAUGCGACAUUCGAAGACCUCAAGGCUUCUUACGCAGUGACCCUCAAUCAUCGACCCGAGCUUAAUGGACGGCAGCCCGGUAUCCCGACCUUUCUGGAGGCCUAUUUCGCAGGGUGCGAAGUCCUUCGCACAGAGGAGGACUUUUAUGAUCUGGCAAUGGCAUAUCUCCGUCGCUGUGCGGAGAUGAACGUACGAUAUACUGAGCCUUUUUUUGAUAUUCAAGCACAUACACGUCGGGGUGUGGCUGCGACCGCGGUUCUGGAUGGGUAUCUGCGCGCGCAAGGCGAUGCAAAAUGUCAAUUUGGUGUGCGCUCGCGCUGGAUUUUGUGUUUCCUUCGCGACGAGCCUGUUGCAAAGGGGUUAGCGGCGUAUGUUGAGGCGAGACCCUGGGCUGCUGGUACCGUUGAAGGUGGGAAGGGGCUUUUCCAUGCUGUUGGGCUCGCCAGUAAUGCAUACGAGAGACCGCCAAUGUUGUUUGAAGAGGGUUUUGCCCUUGCGAAAGCCGAUGGUUUACACGUUACGAUGCAUUGUGAUUUUGGCCAGAAAGAUACGCACGAGCAUAUGCAUGAAGCUAUCUUUCAGGUAUGCGAUGGCCACGGGUCAGAGCGCAUCGAUCAUGGACUUGAUGCUGAAGAUAAAGAAGAGUUAUGGCAAGGCCUGGUUGAUAGAAAGAUUGGCUUGACUUUGUGCCCUCAUGCUUAUCAUCGGAGGACAGCGACGGAUGUUCUGUUUCCUAAGAUUCGAAGACUGCGAGAUAGAGGGGUGAAGAUGUGUAUCAACAGCGACGAUCCGACCCUUAUGCAUGAUGUUUGGAUUGAUGGGAAUAUGCAGAAAGUAUAUACUUACUGUGAGUUCAGUAAAGCUGAAAUGGUACAGUUGGUAAGGAAUGCGGUGGAUAUGUGCUGGGCUGAGGAAGAUGUGAAGAGUGCUAUCUAUAAAGAACUAGAUGAGAUUAAUGUCCUUGAAUGA